GUAGAAUAGCAACUUUGGAUGUAGCGGAAAGUUGCUUCCUGGAUUCAACAAUUACACAUUUUUGGAAAAGACCAUCCGCAUCUUCUCGCCGUCGCUCUUGCUCAUCGGGGGUCAGUAGCUUGCAAUGAAGAGGGCGAGAGAGAUCGACGGCGGCGAGAAUAAGCUGUCCUGCAUUGUUCUUCUGAAGAAUCAGCUCGGCUACUUUGGUUGGGAAGGCCGGCGGCAGCGCGGCCAUGGAGACGGUACUCCCUUCGGUGUAAUUUCCGAUCUCCAUUCUUCGAGAGAGAUUCUUCAAGCUUCCUCUUGCAGCGUGGCGACGGAAGUGAAGUCUAGUGGUGCAGCCGCAGAGGAAGUUUACGUUUCAGGUACCCAACCGGCUGCUUGCUCCGGAAGUGAAUUCCCGGAGGCUUUAAUUUCCGAUAAACCUAAAGAUGGUGUGUGUGAUGAUUUGGGGAAGCUGGAAGCAGACCCAAGGAAGGAACGGAGGAAAAGAGAGAAGAGAAAGAAGCACAGGCCCAAGGUGGUUGAAAUUGAGAGGACAGAGAGGAAGCCAAAGAUGGAGAUCCCAAUGCCUCCUCAAACACCCAACCAAAAAACUCCAGUGAAGAAAAAAGGCAAAAUGAUUGGAAGGAGGACUUUUGCAAGGAAGAAGUUAUUUGCAAAUUCCUUGGCAGAUAAUGAUGGAUGGGAAGAGGCUGGUGAUCAACCCAAUCGAGGUUCUGUUGACGAGACAAUUAAUCCUUCUAGCAGAAUUCAAAUAGAUGAAGGUGGUUUGGCUGCUGAAAUGGAUGUAGAAUCUUGCGGAAGUGGAUUGUUCGCAGAGAAUUUGCCGGCAGGAUCCACUUAUAGUUAUGGAGAUGUUAAUAUUGGAAUUGAUGAGUUGUUGCAAGAGCUUGCUAAACUUCCCAUGAAAUCAUCUUCACCUCUGCUACUUAAAGCAGAUUUACUGCAACUUAAUAUUGAAUCUCCUCUUGCUUCAUUGAGUUACAUUUUAGAUAAUAUCAGAAUCCCUUGCCUUCUAGAUUUUGCUAAGCAAGCUAGAAGAAAUAUAGACAAAAGUAGGACUAAAACAGGUUAUAAGCUUCGAAAUGGUCUAUAUUAUUCAGCAAACAAAGUACUGGACGACUUUAUGUGUGUGUUUAAGAAUUUUCUUCCAAAUCUUCUCUUGAAAAAUGAUAAGUCAACAGUAUCAGGGCAGAUGUUCAAUAAUAAGGGAGGUGGAAGGAGCAAGAAGAACAUUAGUGGAUCAAAGGAGCUAAAAGCCACAGGUAAAAGAAAGUCUAUGCCUGCUACCAACUUUGAAAUUGUACCCUACACACAUUUGUGUGAGUUAAGCUCGAGAUUUCAACACAUAGAAGCCUCAUGUACAACACCCAUGACCAGUAAUUUCACAGCCAAUGGGCAAAAAACUCAAACUUCAGGGGAUAUCAACAAUACUCUAAUUCAGCAUAGCAGCAAUACAAUGGAACUUGCUUUGCAAAGUGUUGUUGAUAACAUAAGGUCGGUGGAUAUAGAUGAGGGCUUUCAUGCGGAUGAUCCUACUGAAUUAGGAAGUGCUAUUGUUCCUUUUGUUGGAGGUGGCAUGAUUGUUCCAUAUAAUAGAUCAUCAGAACAAGUCAAGCAAAAAACACACAGAGCGGAAGUACUAUUGGACCCAGAGACAGAUAGAAUGUGGAGACUUUUGAAGGAAAACAAAGAUGAACACAAUGUUGAGGGAAUGGAUUCAUGCAAUCUACAAUGGUGGGAGAAUGAAAGACAGGUUUUCCUUGGACGUGCUAAAUCUUUCACUGCUCGCAUGAAUCUCAUUUUAGGUGACAGGCGGUUCUCUCCUUGGAAGGGCUCAAUUGUGGAUUCUGUAGUUGGUGUUUUUCUUACCCAAAAUGUAUCGGAUCAUUUGUCGAGUUCUGCCUUUAUGUCUCUUGCUGCAAAAUUUCCUGUUGCGGAGGGAGGAUGCUCUGAGAGGAAAUCGGCUGAGCAAAAUGAGGAAACCUCUACCGAUUCCAUGGCGUGCCCAGAUGACAUUCCUUGUUUGUCUAAUUGUGAUGAUCAAGAUACUAUGGACAUUCAACUAAAUGGACAACCGCUGGAAAGCAUGGCUGGCCAAUCUUGCCACUUUCAAAAUUCUUUAGGUUUGACUGAAAAGAUUGAAAAUUCAAUGAUCAUUGAUGUGGAUGGAUGUACUUCAAAACAGGCAGAAAUCAUUUCAACAGUUUUUUAUGAGAAUGAACAAAAUGAUUGUAGAGAUCUCCCUCUUGUUCUUUCUGAAUCAACAACAUUCUCAAGCAUAAACAAAUAUCCCAUUGAUACAAUGGAUGUUGAAAUGGAAGCUACCACCAGUUAUUCAAGCAAAUUAAAAGCUAAUUUCAGGUUUGAGAAGAACGCAUCAAGUGUGAAGAAGGGAAAUUUUGUUGAUGAAGUAAAAAUUGAUUGGGAGGACAUGAGGAGAAAAAUAGAUGAUGGUAGUGGCAAGAAAGUGAGAAGUUACGAGAGUUUGGACUCGGUAAAUUGGGAAAAAGUGCGGAAUGCAGAUGUAAAUGAAGUUUCUGAAGCUAUUCGGGAGCGUGGGAUGAAUAAUUUACUUGCUGAGCGAAUCAAGGAUUUCCUCAAUCGUUUGGUUAGAGACCAUGGAAGCAUUGACCUGGAAUGGUUAAGAAACAUAUGCCCUGAUGACACCAAGAAAUACCUUCUAAGCAUAAGAGGAUUGGGGAUAAAAAGUGUUGAGUGUGUUCGCCUCCUAGCACUAAAAAAUGUGGCUUUCCCAGUUGAUACCAAUGUUGCCCGCAUAAGCGUAAGACUAGGAUGGGUGCCACUGAAGCCGUUGCCAGAAUUCCUUCAAUUACAUCUCCUAGAACAGUAUCCUAUAAUGGAUAGCGUGCAGAAAUAUAUUUGGCCACGGUUAUGCAAGCUUGAUCAAAAGGAUUUAUAUGAGCUACAUUAUCAUAUGAUUACAUUUGGAAAGGUGUUUUGCACAAAAAACAGGCCAAACUGUAAAAUUUGUCCAAUGAGAGGAGAGUGCAAGCACUUUAAUAGAUAUGAGCUUCCAGAUUCACAUCUUCUUCUUGAGGGGAUGGAUCAAAGAGAGCCUGAUGAUCCAUCCCCAUAUCUCCUUGCCAUAUGGACUCCAGGUGAAACUGCGCAGUCAAUAGAGCCGCCACAAUCAUGCUGCGAAAUCCAUGAGACCGGACUACUCUGUGAGAGAGAGACAUGCUUUGCUUGUAAUAGUAGAAGAGAAUUAGAGGCUCAAACUGUCAGAGGAACACUUUUGAUACCAUGUCGAACUGCCAUGAGAGGAAGAUUUCCACUUAAUGGCACUUAUUUUCAAACUAAUGAGGUCUUUGCAGAUCAUGAUUCUAGUCGCAACCCGAUUCAAGUUCCUCGAAGCUGUCUAUGGAAUCUUCCACGAAGGACAGUAUACUUCGGAACGUCAAUAGCUGCAAUAUUUAGAGGUUUCACUGCCACAGAACCCAUUCAGUACUGCUUCUCAAAAGGCUUUGUUUGUGUGAGAGGCUUUGAUAGGACAACAAGAGAACCAAAACCACUCUAUGCUAGGCUUCAUUUGCCCAGAAGCAAAGCACCUCCCAACAAGAAGCCAUGGGUAAGACGAGAGGAAUAAGCAGCCAACCAAACUAAUCAGCUCCUUCAGAUAUAUAUCAUAAUCUUGCAAUUGUUAUUCUAAUCUGACAUUCAUUGUGGCUUUUACAUGAGAAAUUGAUUUAUUUUCAUUUUAAGCUUUAUUUGGUAAAAUUGUGUUGAUGUGUUAUGGCUUCUUAUUUGGUGUGAGUGAAAUAGAUGUUGUUAUAUGAUUGAUAUGGAUCUAGUUUUUCUAUACAUUGUGAUUAUGCUAUGGAAGAGUUAUAUAUGCAAUGCAUUUUUU